CUGAUCGCCUCGGAAAAUAAACAAAUGUUAAUAAUAGUAGAAAUGAAUUGAAGACCAAGCUGCCAAAUUUGAAUAGAGUCACAGCUGUUUUUCAGAAAAACGAAAAUAGGAGUGAGAAAUGUGGCUGGCAGGAAAGCUGCUCGGUGGAUUCAUAUCCCGCAGAUCAAGUCGGUUCCUGCACCUCAAACGAAAGGAGGUCUAUAUGGAAUGCUUUCGCAUACUGGGCGUGCACGAAUCUUCGGAUCAAAACACGGUGCGCCACGCCUACUUGGAUCUGGUGAAGAGGGUGCAUCCCGAUUCGGGAACCGAGGAGGCCAGUGCCGAGCGUUUCCAGCAGGUGGACGAGGCCUUUAGAGUCCUGCAGGAGAAGUUCGCCAAAGGCAGACGCAAUAUCCAGGAGGACGAGGAGGAGGCCCUGGAGUUCGACAUUAAGCAUACGGCGCCACAGCACCGGCAAUAUCUCUCCAACGAGGGAAUCGGCGUGGGCAAUCCCUAUCAGCGCCAGAAGCAGUACCAGCAGGUACGCGCCAUGAAGGCACAGGAACGCGUCCUGGAGCACCGGAUCGACAAGGCGGCUGCUGGAGAGAAGACGUUGAUGUCGAAGGGCGGCAAUCACUUCCGCAAACACGCUAUUAAGACCAAGUACGGCAUAGACCGGGUGGUUGAGGAUCUCAUACAGGAGGCCAUGUCCAAGGGUGACUUCAACAAUCUCAACGGUGCCGGCAAGCCGCUGUCCUCGACUCAAUCGCAGAAUCCCUAUCUGGACUUCACCACACACAAGCUAAACAAGAUUAUGCUGGACAACGGAUUCACGCCGGAAUGGAUCAGCCUUGGCAAGGACAUUAGGGAUGCGGUCGCCCAGCUAAAGAAAAAACUGCGACAGGAGCGCAUCUUCUACGGUGACUGGCCUCUGGAGCGCUCUGAGGACCUGUUCGCCUGGCAGAGAUUUACUAAGCAGCACCAGGAGGACGUCGAUCAACUGAACAAAAUGAUCGACAAGUACAACCUGAUAGUGCCCAUCCUGGAGAAUCAGUUCUUUCGAAUGCACCUUGACAAGAUGGCCGAAUCCAUAUUUAAGGAUCCGGAUUUGCAGCGCAACGUAAUCCGACCUGAAGUAAAGGCCAAAGCCAGGCGUCCUACAGAUAAUCAGGGGAGUACGAGUACAAGUCUGUUUUCCCUAAUUAGUAAACUAUUGUAAUACAAAUGUUUGAUCGUUAAAUAUGUGAUACUAGUUUCAAAGGUAGAAAAAUGUAAAACAUUUAAGAAUUUAUUUCAUAAACUUUAUAUUGAUAAGGGAAAAUUAUGACGUAGUUUUAUUUAAGCCACGCAAGAGAUGCUAACCAAUUUUUGUUUUUAUAAAUACCGCACACCUAUUCAAAAUAUAAUAUAU